AUGGCGGAACCCCGCAGCAUUCGCGGAUUUCUAGGAAGGCGCAAGCACCGCAAGCACAAACGAUCGACCGCUGACUCGCUCGAGGAUCCGCACGCCGCCAGCGCCAGUAUCACCAGCAGCCUCACGUCCGACACCUCCGCCGUCAGUAUGGAGGGAAUGCUCAAGAAACGCGUGGCCAAAAUGCCGGUGAUGCACGAUCGCUACUGUGUGGCCACGUGGGAGAUGGACGCGCACGACCGCAAAUGCGUCAUGCUGCGUAGCUACAAGAGCCGCAAGGCCUACGACGCGCAUCCUGAGAAGCCCUCGAGUGUGCACGAGAUCAAAUGCAUCAGUGACUGGGACGGCAAGACCGGAUUCCAUCGCUAUCAGCACGCGUUUACCAUGGAGACACGCGAUAAAAAGCUCUUCCAGUGCGUGGCACCAUGCGCAGCAGACAAGGACAAGUGGCUAGAGCUUAUGGCCAUCCAAUCGGCCUUCAGCAGUACCCGUGACGUGCGUCUAGGCAGCGUCGGCAGUCUCGUACCAUUACGACGCACACAGAGUGUCGAGUCUGCGGCUGACAACAGCAAACCGCGAGCAUACACAGGCGCCUCAAUGGGCAAGACAAGAGCCGAGAGCGCCGCGGACAUGGAGCACUCAACCGACUCAGAGGAUCAGAUCAACUUUCUAGGCCACGACGGGCUCUUCAGAACCGCAUCAGACGCGUCGUCCAACUCGCUGGAGCUGCCCAAUGGCGACAAGAGCGAGCCUGCGGACUGGGGACUGUAUGGUGAGGCCAACGGAGAGACCAAGUCCAAGUACGACGUACUGGACGAUGCCAAACCUGUUUUGCUGGAUAAGGAGCUGCUGGAUGCGCGUGGAGAGAGCAAGACACUGGCCUCGGACCAAUUCCUGUUCGAAGAGGCCGGCGCCAGUCGAUUCGGCGCUGUGGUGGUCAAGAAAACGGCGGAAAGUGACGACGAAGACGCCGAGUUCAUCGACGAGAAGUUCACGGCGCGUGAGGCCCAGAAGGAGAACGAGAAGAACAUGAAACGCCGCGCGCAGAAGCUCGAGUCCAACCGCGAUCUGUACGCCGAGAUGGCGGCCGCGAGACUCGCCAACAUGCGCAAGGACGCGCGCCAUCCGAAGAAGAGCCACAGCAACAGCCACAGUCGCCCGUCCGCUGGUAGUGACGAGAGUAUUGAGGAACACGACGAAGACCAGUCGAUGGCUGUCGAAGAAGAAGUAGAAGACCUGGAGGAAAUGCACCAGCGUCGUAGCAGCCGCAGCCGUCGCAGCUCCAAGAGCCACAAGAAGAGCUUUGUGAGCAGCAACGAGAACACCAACAGUGUCGCUGGUGGAUACGCUAGUGGGGAGGACGAAGAGGAAGAGGAGACCGCGGUGCCCGAUGCUGUUGCCCCAGACACGACUGAAGCGGAGAGCGCAGAGGCUGAAGAGCUUCGUCAACUGAAGAAGAAAUACCGCGCUGAGCGUCGUGCUAAGAAGCGGUUGAUGAGGGAGAAGGAAGAGGAGGAACGCACUGCAAUGGAGGCGGCUGAGCUGGCUCGUGCUCAUCGUGAAGAGCAACGUGCUCGUGAAGAAGCUAAAGCCCGUGAGGAGCAAGAGAAACGUGACAAGAAGGAGCGUCGUGAGAUGAAGGAAAAGCUGAAACGCGAGAAGGCAAAACAGCGUCAGGCUGAAGCUGAACUCCGCAAGUUGGUGGAGCUGAAACAGGCCGAGGAAGAGCGUCGAGAGCGAGAACGCAAGGAGAAAAAGGAAAAGAAAGAGAGAAAGAAGGCCAAGAAGAAAGAAAAGUACACGUCGCCUGCUGAGCGUAUCCACAAGAAAGAGGAACGCGAUGCCGAACGCGCGGCUGAGGCUGCAGCAGCAGAGGCUGAGGCUGAGGUCUCGAACGCCUUGGUCGUUGUGGAAAAACCCGUGGAACAGAAACCAACACAGCAGGCGCUAGCGGUCCCAGAACCUGCUCCGACGCCGGCCCCCAAGUCAACACCAGCGUCCGUCCAGACGGAUGUUGUUCCAACAGAACAAACUGCACCUGCACCAGCUACAGCACCCUCCCCCGUCACCGCUCCUGUUGCAGCCCCCGUCUCCGCUCCAGCUCCAGCUCCUGUAUCGAAUGGUGCAGUCCCUGCUGCUCAAGCGAUGCCAAUGUAUCAGAUGGUCCCGCCACCGUUCGUGCCGACAUAUCCCGUCGGCCCGCAGAGCAUGCCAGCGUACGGUCUCGCGGCAACUUUUGGCGCAUACCCUCCUCUUUACCCUGCUCCGUACAGCUACGGAGGGCCCGUGGGACCGCAGUCUGUCUUCAUGCGCCCGAACAUGGGUUUCGUGGCCGGACUGAGCGCCAUGGGGUCGUUCGGCAAGGCUGCCGGGCCGGAUCCCGCUCCUUCCGGCCAGGAUUAUGCGGAGCCCAUGAUCGGCCCGCAGCUCCCCACCCCAGAAGAGCGUGCCGCUGCCUCCUCAGCAGGUGCGAGUGCUCCUCCUUCCCCACCUCCGCCCCCGUCAGCGAACACGUCGACCGGCGCCAAGUUGACAAAUUUGCCAGAAUUGCCGGAUGUGAUCGAGUUCUAA